ACAAACUCGUUUUCUUUUUCCCCAUUUUUUCUCUUUCUUUUUUUUUCUUUUUCUUUUUUCAUUUUCAUUUUCCCCUUCCCUUCGUCUCCACAGUUGACGCCAUUCUCGUCUCCCUUUUCCAACAAACCGUUUCCUCGGGAAUUGAGAGAGUUCUAAUUCUGCCCCUCGCGGCUUCGCGAAUUUACCAAUCCGAGAGUCAUGGCUCCAGCCACCACCAAUUCCUCGCCCUCGGCUCAGCGCCACGUCGGCUUCAGCCGGCGCACGCAGGCGCCGCGCCAGCUGGACGGCGACUCGCCGCCAGUGAAUAAGUACCGGAUGCUGUCAGAGAUAAUGGCGCGCGCGCCGUACGCGGUGGUGGAGAGAGAAACUUACAGCGACCUCUUGUGCGACCAAUGCGGCUCCGGCGAGCUGCCGGAGGAGCUGCUUCUCUGCGACAAAUGCGAUAAAGGCUUUCACAUGAAAUGCGUGAGGCCUAUCGUCGUGAGGAUUCCGAUUGGAUCGUGGCUUUGCCCUAACUGUCAAGGAGGGAAGAGAGUGCGGCCUUUCUCUCAGAAGAAGAUAAUCGAUUUCUUCGGGAUUCGGAGGAGUUCUGAUGAUGCUAAUGAUAAGCGUUCCUCUCAGGAUGCUAAAAAGCGUAAGAAAUGUUCACGACCUCUGGUAUUACAUAAGAAAAAGAGGAGAUUGUUACCAUUUGUUCCUACAAAAGAUCUUAACCGGAGAUUGAAACAGAUGGGUUCUCUUGCUUCUGCUUUAACAGCCUUAAAUAUGGAAUUCAGUGAUCACCUCACAUACUUGCCUGGAAUGGCUCCUAGAUGUGCAAAUCAAGCCUUACUUGAAAAUGGCGGCAUGCAGACUCUUUCCAAGGAAGACAUGGAGACCUUAGAACAAUGCAUUGCUUUGUCUAAAAGAGGCGAAUUCCCUCCCUUUAUGGUUGUUUAUGAUUCACGUGAAGGCUAUACUGUUGAGGCUGAUGACCUAAUCAAGGAUAUGACGAUUAUUGCUGAAUACACUGGUGAUGUGGAUUACCUUGACACACGGGAACGUGAUGACUGUGACAGUAUGAUGACCCUUCUUCUUGGAGCAGAAAGUUCUCAAAGUCUUGUUAUUUGUGCUGAUAAACGAGGAAACAUUGCUCGCUUUAUCAGUGGCAUAAAUAAUCACACACAGGAAGGUAGGAAGAAGCAGAAUUGUAAGUGUGUGAGAUACAAUGUUAAUGGUGAAUGCAGGGUCUUUUUGGUUGCCAUUCGUGAUAUUUCCAAGGGAGAGAGGCUAUAUUAUGAUUAUAAUGGUCAUGAGUAUCAAUACCCGACUCAUCAUUUUGUCUGAGUGGAAGACAAAUACAUCCUAAACAGCCUAGGGUGGUUGGGACACAAUUUUACGACCUAGAGUGGUUGGGACGCAAUUUUAGAUCCUCGGGAAAGGAUUUUAUUUAUAUUCUUGAAAGUUUCAACUAAUUGUAGCAGAUUCAACAAUUUUGCCCCUAAAUUAUCGCCAUGGGCCAUUCAUUGUAAUUUAUGCUGUAGAGCUGCCCAAUUAUGUGGCUUUAGAGAUGAAUAGAGUACCUUAGAAAAACCUUGUUCAUGUAGGUUAUGUCUCAGAAGAUGAGAUAUACAUUUUUUUUUUCAAUACAGUUUCAAGGAAUUUAAAUGAUUCUCAGAUUUUUACUUUGAA